UAAGAAAGCUGUUCUGAUAACGGAAUUAAGCCUCACAAGUCGCAUCUGUACUGCGGCGUGCAUCUCUCUCGCCUUGUCCUUGUUCACCGUGGAGCUGUCGCGACCGCCAUUACUGGAUCUAAUCUAACUCUCUUAAACGCCUUGGAUUUUCUUCCAAGUGAACUCUGAUCCGACCCCAAAAAAAAAAAAACCGUCAUUUCACUCCACAACUGCCUUUAGCGGACACCGGCGGACAGAGAGGGACUUCGGCACGCUUUUCUCGUACCCCAGCUGAAGCUCCUGGAUAAAAGAGCUCCCACACAUGAUAGCAUUCUACUGAAUAAUUUUCCUAUUAUGGUAGCCAUCCAACACUAGGACGUCUGAGAUUCAUGAAUGCAUAAGGGUUGGUGCCCUUUGCAGUGAGCAGGCAUGAAAGUAAUAAGUUUCUAUAAGUGGAAGGGGAUUCACGUGUCGGUUUCUCUGCUUGCGAUUGUUCUUACAGCAGUUAUUCUAUGGACAUGGGAAGAGAAUCCUUUUGUUUCUACUUUGCAGUCAGCGCAAGAGCAGUUUAGAGUAAUCUCUUCAGGUAGCGUAGUUAACUGGCCUAGUGAUGCAUCCCAUUCAGGUUCAUUGGUGAAUGUUACAAACAGUGUACAAUCUUCGAAUCUGAAAGGUAGAGUAUUUGCACUUUGUUACACUUUGCAGACUGCAAUUAUGCUAAGGGUAGAUGGAUUGCAGACAGCAAAAGACCUCUAUAUUCCGGGUUCCAAUGUAAACAAUGGUUGUCGGGAAUGUGGGCGUGCAGAACUUUUCCUCGAAAAGAUUUUUCUUUUGAGGGGUAUAGAUGGCAGCCAGAACACUGCAAAACGACUGAGUUUGAGGAAUCGGAGUUCCUCAAAAGAAUGCAGGACAAAACAAUCGCCUUCAUCGGAGACUCGCUGGGCAGACAGCAAUUCCAAUCAUUGAUGUGCAUGGCAUCAGGUGGAGAAUGGAGGAUGGAUGUUGCCGACGUGGGCUAUGAAUUCGGUCUAGUCAAAGCGCCAGGUGCCAUACGCCCUGAUGGCUGGGCCUACCGCUUCACAAACACUAACACAACCAUAUUAUACUACUGGUCUGCUAGCCUGGCUGAUCUAGUCCCUGUCAACGCUACAAAUCGACAGACUGACGUCCGGAUGCAUUUGGACCAUCCACCAGCUUUCAUGCGACGAUACCUUCACAGAUUCGAUGUCCUAGUUCUCAACACUGGCCAUCACUGGAACCGCGGGAAGCUCAAAGCAAACCGCUGGGUGAUGUACAUUAAUGGGGAGCCACUCGAAGACAAAGGACUUGUCGAUUUGCACGCUGCCAAGAAUCUAACAGUUCGCAGUGUCGCUAGGUGGCUCGAUCAGCAGCUUCCUUCACAUCCUCGUAAUCUCAAGGUGUUUUUCAGAACAAUUUCACCGAGGCACUAUCGUGAUGGGGACUGGAACACUGGUGGGAAUUGUAACAAUACCACUCCCAUGACUAGAGGGAGCAAAGUCUCGAAGGAUGAGUCAAGUGAUGUAGUCAUUGCAUCUGCUGUUGAGGGAACACGGAUUAAGCUUCUGGAUGUUACUGCACUAUCCGAGUUGAGAGAUGAGGCUCACAUAUCGAAUUACAGCGCUAAGACUACGAACAAUGUGAGCGAUUGCCUGCACUGGUGCCUGCCUGGUGUUCCUGAUACAUGGAAUGAGCUCUUGGCAGCACAGAUUUAGAAGGGUCGGGUUCGGAUACACUGAUACCUAUCAUAUACAGUUACACUAGACACGAUUCAUUUGGAAAUGGGAAUAGCUUUGGCCAGUCCAUGUGGCGUACCAUAGACCAUGUUCAGUUAAUUGGGAAAGAAAGCAUCAACGUGGGGUGUUUUCGGCUCCUCCUUUUGGUUGGUCCUUGCAGGGAUUCAUCGUCGUCGGCAGCCCUCCCUAUUCAUCAGUAAGGAUUACCCACUGAACAUAAAUAAACUUCACGGAUGUUAUUUUUCUUAUUAUUAACAUACAUACUGGGUACCAUUAUAGAGAACGACAUAGUGUUGUGUAUUCUAAGUAGCAAUCAGAUGUACUUUUGCUCUGGCGAUGAAAAGAUUGGAUGUUGAAGUUUGUCCUUUUGUAUAAGCAGUGUAAUCUUGUUAGGAAAUACCUCUUCUGAUAAAUAGGGGGUAGAACACAGACACCUAAGGUUAAAACUGGCAGCAGCAGGUUGCCUUGUAAUUGCCCCUUCCCUUCCCUUCUUCUCUUCCUUUAAAAACCCUUUUUAUUUCAUGGUUUUUGAGAAAAAAA